AUGAGUGCCUCCCAUCGCAAACUGGCGCGAUUACCCUUGGAGAUCUUUGACAAUUUACAUGUGCGAGUACAAUCGAGCCAUGGCCAACAGCAACAGCAACACCAACAGCAACAGCAACAGCAACAGCAACAGCAGCAAACCCCAGAAGGCCUUCGAUCUCAAAUUUGCAAUCGUCUCAAACGAUUUCCGUAUCGUCAGCAAUCAUCCAACAAUCACCACAAUCAUAAUCACAAGGGUUCUUCCACUACCACCACUACGGCCAGCAUCAAGACGGUCGGUGACUUACUAAGAGCCAACAAGCGGACUUUACUCAUUGCCUUGGAUCCGCUCUUGACCUUUCCAGAAUUGGAAUUGCUAUUGAGAAGAAUUUGCAAGAUUUGCAGCGCCAAGAACAAGAGUGCCUUUACCCUCCUCAAAUCGACCCAUGACAGCUUGCCCAUCUGUAGUAUCAGCAGUAGCAGUAUCAGCAGCAGCAGUAUCAGUAGCAGAAGUAGUAGUCAAGCCAACAUUGGAGAUCGCUUGCGAUACUUGCCCACUGGUCUCAAGUCACUCGAUUUGGCCUUGCAGGGAGGCAUUCGAGUGGGAUCUGUCACGGAAAUUGUGGGACGAGCGGGAGCGGGCAAGACCCAAUUGGCCUUUCAAUUGUGUCUUUUGGCGGCCAAAUACAAUCAAGGUUCCAUGUACAUGGAUACCGAACGCAAAAUAUCCUUGGAACGACUAGCCGAAAUGAGUCAAUAUCGAUUUUGCAACCAAAACAGCAGCAGCUGUUGUACAACUACAACUGCGAACAGCAAUAUGUUUUCCUACAAUAAUUCUACUGCUGGUGGUGCUGGUGGUGCUGGUGGUGCUGGUGGUGCAAGCUACAGUGAGGAUGGCACUCAGUCACAACCUACCAAGAAUGCUGCCAAUGACAAUGAUGAAUCGUUCAAUUUAUUUUCCUUCAAGUCACCCGAACAAGUCCUGGCCAAUGUCAUGGUGGAAACUCCCUCGUCGACGGAAGAAUUGAUUCAAACCUUGGAUGCGGCCGAAGAAAUCAUUUUGCAUCGAAAUCAGCAGACCACUAGUAUUGCUGCUACUGGUGGUACUGGUGGACAAGAUAACAACAACAACAACAACAACCACAACAAUUACAACCACAAUACUGCAACUACAGUAUUCCCAAUCCGUCUGUUGGUGGUCGAUAGCAUUGCGGCACCUCUCACAAGAGACUUUGGAUCGGAUGCCUACAUUGCUCGGUCGGCGGCCAUUUUUCAAUGCGGACAGAUAUUGAGACGAUUGGCCGAAACCUUGCAUUUGGCAAUCGUGGUCAUUAAUCAAGUGGGGGCUGUUGGGAAUACUAGGAAUACUGGUGGUAGCGGUAGUAGUAGUACUAGUACUAGUACUACUACUAGUACUACUCCUAUUGGUAGCAAUGAACAAGCCAACAGUCACAAUCACAUCCACCAACACAAUCACCACAACCACAAAUCACCAUUGUCCGUCAAGGCAGCAUUGGGAACAUCAUGGUAUCACUGCGUCUCCACAAGGUUGGUGUUGGAUCAAUAUGAUGUCAUGAAAGACGCUGGUAGCAGUAGUGGACAAGGCAAUGAAAAUAAUGAUGGUUGGACGGAUUUUGGCAACCUUUCCUCCUUAUCGACAACACGACGGACCUUGACGAUUGCCAAAAGCAACAUUGUGCCCAACAGUUCGACUCACUUUGAGAUUUGCAAUCUUGGGAUUGUGGAUACAGCAAAUACAUAA